AAGCAGCUUUAAAAAAGCAAAAGAAAUCCGAGCCACCCACAUUUCUGCUCAGGAAAAUUAAUGGAAGACUUAAAGCCGAGACCUGCAAGUUCGUCCCCUCUAACCCCAUUAGGCUUCUUAGAAAGAGCAGCUACCGUGUACGGUGAUUGCACCUCCAUCCUCUACAACACCAAUUCCUACACUUGGUCCCAAACCCACCGUCGCUGUCUCCAGUUAGCUUCUUCCCUCUCAUCUACCGGCAUCAAAUCGGGCCAUGUCGUUUCCGUUUUGGCCCCUAACAUCCCAUCCAUGUACGAGCUUCAUUUCGCCGUUCCCAUGGCGGGUGCUGUCCUCAACAGCAUCAACACCCGCCUCGACGCCCGUACCAUCUCCGUUAUGUUACGUCACUGUGAACCUAAGCUCCUCUUUGUCGAUACCCUUUCUCAGUCUCUAGCCUUGGAAGCCAUAUCUUUGUUCCCCCCUAACGAGAACCACCCUCUUCUGGUCUUGAUCGAAGAUGAUUACGAAGGUGAUGGUGCGAGUUCCAGUGUUGAUUCCCGCUUUUGUUGCACGUACGAGAGCCUGGUGGAGAAAGGUGACCCCGGUUUCAACUGGGUUCGACCCAAAAGUGAAUGGGAUCCGAUUGUUUUGAACUAUACAUCGGGCACCACCUCGUCUCCCAAAGGAGUGGUUCAUUGCCACCGGGGAAUUUUCACCAUCACACUUGAUUCUUUAAUCGAUUGGGAAGUCCCAAAACAACCUGUUUACUUAUGGACACUCCCCAUGUUUCACUCCAACGGGUGGAGUUUCACUUGGGGAAUGGCUGCCGUCGGUGGAAUCAAUAUUUGUGUCCGGAAAGUCGACGCCCCUAUCAUCUAUGGUUUGAUUAGAAAGCAUGGCGUCAAUCAUAUGUGUGGAGCCCCCGUGAUACUCAACAUGUUAUCAAAUUCUCCUGAAGCUAAACCACUAGCGAACCCAGUAAAAAUCAUCACUGCCGGAGCUCCACCUCCGGCGCCGGUUCUUUUGAGAACCGAGUUACUCGGGUUUGUAGUGAGUCAUGGGUACGGGUUAACCGAAACAGGUGGGCUGGUUGUGUCUUGUGCUUGGAAAAGGGAAUGGAACAAGUUUCCAGCAACGGAGAGAGCGAGGCUGAAAGCGAGACAGGGAGUGAGAACUCUGGGUAUGACGGUAGCGGACGUGGUGGAUCUCGAGUCAGGACUGAGUGUUAAACGCGACGGGUCAACUCUUGGGGAGAUCGUUCUGAGAGGUGCUUGUGUUAUGUUGGGGUAUCUAAAGGACCCAAAGGGUACAUCCAAGUGCUUGACGGAAAACGGUUGGUUUUACACCGGAGAUGUUGGGGUGAUCCACCCCGAUGGAUAUUUGGAAAUCAAAGAUCGUUCCAAGGAUGUUAUAAUCAGCGGUGGGGAGAAUCUGAGCAGCGUUGAAGUUGAGUCCAUUUUGUACACUCACCCGGCCAUCAAUGAAGCGGCGGUGGUGGCCAGGCCAGAUGAGUAUUGGGGAGAGACUCCCUGCGCUUUCGUGAGCUUGAAAGGUGAGUUAACUCGUAAACCGAGUGAGAUUGAGAUAAUGGAGUAUUGCAGAGCCAAGUUGCCACACUACAUGGUACCCAAAACGGUGGUGUUCAAGGAAGAAUUGCCCAAGACUUCAACGGGGAAGAUUCAGAAGAUGGUUCUGAGAGAAAUUGCAAAGGGAAUGGGUUCAUCUUCCUUCACUCGGGUGAGUAGAAUGUGAACCGAGUCGAACCGAGUUGUUAGGUAGCCCUUGUCGUUUUUCAUGAAUGUCUGGAUUAGCCAGGUCAUUAUGGUUUCA